CCACCGUAUGGUGCUCCAGGUCCUGAUCAUCGUCCCGAAGGACCACCUCCACUUACGGAACAGGAAUUUGAAGAGAUCAUGAUUCGCAAUAGAACGGUGUCUUCGUCGGCUAUUGCUCGUGCCGUGUCCGAUGCUGCAGCCGGUGAAUUUGCCAGUGCCAUAGAAACAUUAGUGACUGCUAUUUCACUGAUUAAACAAUCAAAGGUUGCAGCGGAUGACAGAUGCAAGAUCCUCAUUAGUUCCCUGCAAGACACGCUGCGCGGUGUUGAAACUAAGAGCUACGGGUCGGCACGAAGAGAGCGCUCACGAUCACGCGAUAGAGAGCGCAGUCACAGAAGACGUCGAGAGCGAUCCAGAAGUCGUGAUAGGGAGUACAGGGAGCGUAGUCGGGAGAGAGAUAGAGAACGUGACAGAGAUCGUGAUCGUGAGAGGGAGAGAGAUCGCGAAAGAGACAGAGAACGUUACUAUAGCGAACCCUAUCCAAGAGAACGGUCACGCAGCAGGGAGAGAGAUCGGGAACGCGAACGAGACCGGGAAUAUCGCGAGCGGAGCAGAGAGGAGAGUACGACACGUCAAUCAGCCAGGCCAAGAGUAAAAGAAGAGCCGCCAGAGACGCCGCCUGUCUCAUCUUCCAAGACGUCUAGGUAUUAUGACGAUCGCUACAGAGAGCGAGAUCGAGAAAGGGAAUCAAGUCGUCGGCCAGCGGAGAGAGAGAGAGAGCCCGAACGCGAGAGAGAACGAGAGAGAGAUCGCCGUGACGAGAGAGCGGAUUCUUCGCAUCGUUCCAGACACUGAAGACUACAUUCUGAAGAUGCUCCGAAGGCGCUUUGCAGCUCCUUAAAUAAAAAUCUUAAAGCUUGACAUUAUGACACGGAAUUUUCUGUGUUCUCCAAAGAUGUUCAAAAAAGGAAGAGUAGACAGAGGAAGCGGCGAAUGUGUGUACGCGACGAACAAGCGAGAGAAUGUAAGGGCCAUACUGUAAACACUUUUUUGCGUAUAUUACCCGCGAAAAGUAGUAUCAUUCCAGAAAUAAUUUACAGUAAUCAUUAUAUUAAAGUUGUGUUUCUUCAGUAAAAAUAUACGCGAGGGGGGGAGAACAUUAAAAAGGUCCUGUGCAGCAUUUACAGAUUUCUAGGAUGUUUCGAAAAAUAUUGUUUCGUUGCUUUCGAUCACUAAGUUCAAUUUCCAUGAAUACUGUAAUAUCUUCAUGUAAAUUGUAAUGUAUCUAUGAAUAUUCGUGUAAGUUUACACGUAGGUGAUAUACGCGAAGCCUUUCUACAGUGUAGCGGGAGGAGUGAGAAAGCGAAAGCGAAAAAUUACUAUAGGUCGGGAUUACCGUCAGUAAUGAUUAUAAUAAAUUUUACAAGUCCUAUCGCGUAUAGCCCGUAAUCAAACUAUUCUGAUACAGAUAAAUGUACACACGUUAUUAGCACGCUACACUAUGUCCUAUUUUACGCGUUGUACCGAUGUAUUUUCACAAUUUUCAUGUUUUAGUACCGGGUUUUCCCUCUUCUUUAUCUUUUUUUUUCUUUUUUUUUUUUUUUGUUAAGAUGGUUUCUCCCAUUAUCGUAAGCAUAUUCUGUUUAUAGUAAUAUUAUUAUAUACAUACUUAUAAUAUGUAUCCCGCUGUAGUUGAAAAGAUUUGUCCGUUUAAAGUAAGCAAAGCAACUCUUAUCGAGUUAACUGCAUCUUUGAGAUGUCAUAAGGCGCUAAGGCUAAAUAAUGCAUAUACCACCAUUUUGUUCUAUGGAUUCUUUCUUAAUCCUAAUGUGCGAACACUGUAAAAUCAUAUGGCAAUACGCAUGCGUAGGCGGACCCUUCGAAAAGAUUUUGACCAAUAGCGCAGGCGAAAAGAUCCAGACUUUGCAAGAGAAGAUCUUGAAGACUUCGGCAAGUAACCUCACGUCGGCCUUCUAAACAAUUCGGCGAUGCAAGAUUGUAUUCUUAAUAUAAUACUAUAAUAAUCGCUUCCAAAAUAUACCUGAUGAACAUGG